UUUUUUGGGUGGCUCUUAUAAUGAAUUUCCACUUGUUUAUUACAAGUGGGCAGUUAAUUAGUCAAUUUCCAUGUAGUAGGAAUGGGACUUUAAAGUUAGAAUAUUUGUUUCAUUAAUCUAUUGUUCUCAGCGGUCGGUGUCAACAGCACUGCUGGAAAGAGCUAGCGUCACUUUGUGAGUUGGGAGGAGGAGGUAAAAGUGAAUCUUGUAAAUGAUACCGAGCAGAGGAAGAAGAGAAAGGGAAAGGAGGCGAUAUUUACAAGUUUUGCAGUUUGUAAGAGGGAGGUGCAUAAGGAGAUGGGACUGUGGAUGUCUGAUGUGGUACCCUUUGCAGCUAUGGUUAUUGUGGAGUGCGUGAAUGUGGGUAUUUCAACAAUAAGCAAAGCUGCCAUGAAUGGAGGACUCAAUAACUUUGUUCUGGUAGUUUACUCCGACGCCCUUGGAACUCUCCUACUCUUCCCAUUUUUCAUCUUUAAUAGGAACAAGCGACUUCCUAUUACUUUUAGGCAACUUUGUAAAUUCUUCUUUCUUGGGUUGAUAGGGGUUUGGGGAGAGAUUUUGCAUCCUCUUGGUGUUAAGUAUAGUUCUCCCACUCUUUCAUCAGCAAUGGGGAAUCUUUCCCAGAUCUUUACUUUUUUGCUUGCCAUCAUUUUCAGGAUGGAAAAACUUGAUUUGACAAGUUCAAGCUGCCAAGCCAAAUCUUUGGGCACCAUUGUCUCUGUAUUGGGGGCUCUAACGGUGACCCUCUACAAGGGUCCUGGUCUAUUUGCUUUAUCACCUUCUAACUCCCCUCAUCAGCGGCGACUCCUCUCACAGCAAUUAGAGUGGGCCAUUGGAGGCGGUCUCCUUGCCAUCACCUUCCUUAUUUCUGCAAUAUGGAACAUUGCCCAGACAGCCAUUGUUAAGGCGUUCCCAGAUGAGUUGACCGUUAUCUUCUUCUACAACUUGUUUGUGACAAUUCAAUCUAUGAUAUUCACUCUUGCAGUGGAAAGCAAUCCAGCUGCCUGGAAACUGAAGUCUGGCAUUGACGUAACUGCUGUACUCUGCUCGGGAAUUUUUGGAAGUGUGAUACGCCUUGGUGUUCAUACAUGGUGCUUGCAUAAGAAGGGUCCUGUCUAUGUAGUCAUGUUCAGACCCUUGGGAAUUUUAUUUGCUGUGAUCAUGGGGAUCAUCUUUCUCGGGGAGACUCUUCAUCUUGGAAGUGUGAUUGGUUCGCUUAUCAUUGCAUUUGGAUUUUAUACUGUGAUGUGGGGACAAAUUAAAGAAAAGGAGUUGGCCAUGGAUGAUGGUAUUGAUAGCUUAGAAUCAGCUUCACAGAGAUCUCCUCUUGUCAAAAGCGAUUCUAAUGAAGAAACAUGAGGAUGAGUUGUUAUAUCACACAAACAAAGAAUUUGUUACAAGAAGAAAAGAAGCUAAAGAAAAUUUAUAAAAGGAAAAAGAAAAAAGGGAGAAAAAUUUAAUGUACAUAGCACCUAGACAUUGUUAGCAGGCAUGUGGGAUCAAAUUUAUCUCCUCUCACUCUCUUCUUGAACUUGAGAAGGUUUAUUUUGUAAAUGCUUGAUCAGGGUCCGGUUAAUUGGACCCUAAUGUUUAUUAUUAUAAUUGAAGGUUUUUUUUCCUCUUUACUCUAUUAGUUAAUUGCUUAUUUAAUUUCUGAAAAUUCAUGGUGCCUGAUAAUAUGAUUCAAUCUGUUGACCAGUUCAAUAAUUAUGCCAAUAAGAGGGGAGAAUUAUAUAAAUUUGUUUUGCCACUAUCUUUAACUGAUUAUGUGUUUCUUUGCCAAUAAUUAUGCCAACCAAUUAUGUGUUAUUUUAAUGAUCAAUAAUUGAGAGACGAAAAAACAAAGAGGGAAAAAAAAAUUGAAAGAAAGAGACAUAUUUGGAAUAAUUUGAAGUUUGCUUUAAAAAUAAAAAAAUCAUUAGUUAAUUCUAGGUGGUUAUGAUGGGACCCACGUUUUGUUAAUAAAACUUCAUUCGUUAAUGCUAAGCGACCAAAGCUAUCAGACAAAGAAUCUUGUCAGUUCAACUGUUCUGAUCAUGUCAAUGAAUAGGAAUAGCCUAUGUUAUCUGCAACUUGUGGGACGUGAUAUUUACGGUUUCUGGUCUUCGGAACGUUGAGAGAGAGAGAGAGAGAGAGAGAGAGCAUGGAGGUGUCUUCUUGCACAUCUGGUGUGGUACCCUUUGCUUCGAUGGUAAUGGUGGAUUGCAUGAAUGUGGGAAUAUCAACAAUAAUUAAAGCAGCCAUGAACAGAGGAAGCAGCAACUUUGUUUUUGUUUUCCAACGCCCCUGGGACUCUAACCCUUUUCCCUUACUUCAUCUUUACCAGGAAUAAGCGACCGCCCCUCACUUUUUCACUCCUAUGGAGAUUCUUCCUCGUUGGAUUGACAGGGUAGUAAUAGCAAAUAUGCAUUUGCUGCUUGUUUUCUCUACUCUAUUGGAUACUAAAAUCUGGGAGUUUGGGAAAGCUUUUGUUUUUCACGGGUGUGAAAUUCAGUUCUCCUACUCUUUCAUCUGCUAUGGGGAAUUUUGCACAGAUUUUUACUGCCUUGCUUGCCAUCAUUUUCAGGUAGUUUCUAUUCCCUACAAGUAAAAUUGGGUUAAGUGGAAAGAUUUAGUUUCAUAUACGAUCUCAACUACUCCAUGGUAUUUCAUUGCCAUCAAAACCAGAAGUUCAUAAUCUUUAUGAUAAAGCCACUUCAUUAAUGAACAGGAUGGAAAAGUUAAAUUUAAGAAGUACAAGGAGCCAAGCCAAAUCAGUGGGCACUGUGGUAUCGGUAGCUGGGGCUUUAAUAGUUACUCUUUAUAAAGGUCCUAGCCUAAUGGGUUCAUCACCUACUAAUACCCCUUCUCAGCUUCCUCUUUCUCAGCAAUCAAAGUGGAUUUUGAGAGGUUUUCUUAUCUUAAUCACCAACCUCAUGUCUGCAAUAUAGAACAUUGCUCAGGUCAAACAUAUUCCUCAUAAACAAAAAAAGGCUUAAAUUUGUUCUGCAGAUCACUUAUUCACAUGGGUUUAUAUUUCCAGGCUGCCAUUAUUAAGGUGUACCCUGAAUAAAUGACCUUAGUCUUCUUUUACAUAUUCUUUGUGACAAUUCAAAGCCUGGUUUUCUCUCUCAUUUUGGAAAGGGAUCCAGUUGCUUGGAAACCUAAUGCUGCCAUUGAGAUAAUGGCCAUUGUUUUCACGGCAGUAGUUGGAAGUGUGAUUAGUGUAAGUGUUCAUACAUGGUGCUUGCACAAAAAGGGACCAGUAUAUGUUGCCAUGUUUAGACAUUUGGAAAUUGUAUUCGCUGCAAUCAUGUCAAUCAUCUUUCUUGGCGAGACGAUCCAUCUUGGAAGUGUGAUUGGAUCAGUCAUAAUUGUAUUUGGAUUUUAUACUCUAAUGUGGGGGAAAAUUAAAGAGAAGAGCAUGGAUGUUGACAAUGAAGUUAGAAACUUAGAAUCAUCUUCUCAUAAGACUCCUCUGUUGCAAAGCAGUUCCAAUGAAUACUCACCAAGGAACUCGUAACCAGACCAGAAAUUAUUAGUUUUUGUGCAGGAAAAAUUUUUGGUGAUGUUUCACUUAUAUAUAUAUAUUUGUUUGUGCAAUAAUUAAUUAUUGGUCUUGAUAGGCAUAGAACCAACUUGUCUUCAUCUUUAAUCUUCUUUUCUGUCUGUUGUUUUCCUUCAUUUGCUUUCGAGUGUUUGGUAAGUCCAUAAAGAGAAAGAGGAUGAAUAGAGAUUGGUUUCUAUGUUUCUUCA